AUGCGGGAGUUCACGCUUCCGUUCAAGCCCGAGGAGCUACUGGCGGAGCCCAGCGAUGGGCGGCUCUGGGCCUCCGAACUUCCGUGCGUGGAGUCCUGGUCCGAGAAGGAAGUGAACAAAGCGCUGGAUGGCUUGGUGGGGCGGCUCCUGGGAAGCCAGGGAAAGGACCUAGCAGAUGAAUCAAUGUUCUCCCUGCUCUUCGCGAUCUUGCAAGCAUGGCCGAGGCUCGAUGACAGCAUCCCACCUCGCGUGGUGGACCUGCUCACAGAUUCCGCCCGGCGGCUGAUUGCAGAGGCCGGCAAAGUCCGCAAGGGCGCGAAGCCGGCGAAGGUGGACAAAGCCGCCGAAGCCCAGUCAAAGGACCUACGAAAUGCCUCCAAGGUAGCGGCCUUCUUUCUCCGCUGGACCACGGAAUACCUGAUGCAACAAGGCAGCACCGAGGCGCGGAAAGGCCGAGGCCGAGGCCGAGGAGCGAAGGCAGGCACAGCUUUGCAGCAGGCAGAGCAGGCGGCAGCAGCCGAAGAGGCCAAGGAGGCGCUGAGAGCGCAGGAGAGGCAGCGAUGUGCCGUGCUCCAGGAGUUGGCUGGGCUGGUGAACCGAGGAGCUAUGCCUUGGCUGUGGCUCAGCGAGCCCGCCUCGUGGCAGCAGGCAGCCACGGCCGUGUCGGAUGCCGGCUUCUACGUCCUUGAUUCCACGGAGGCACUGAAGAGCCGCGAGACGCGGCAGAUGGCCCUCCAGUGCAUCGUGGCCCCUCUGCUCCAGGAGGGCCAACAGCAUUCCAACCUCCUGGUGGCCACCGUGUCGAAGCUCAUCCACGGGCUGCGAGUCGGCGAAGGUACUGCCACCUUCACGGCCGAGUGCCUGCUCCAGGCGCACACGACCCCUCUACCCAGGCUCUUUCUCGUCGACCUGACCCAGCACUGUGGCCAAGAGCUCACUGCCCAGGGCGCCUUCCAGCGAUCCCUGGCCGCUUUCUUGGUCGCCUUAGCAGAGCGCCUGCCCCACGUGGUUCUGGCGAACAUUUCGGUGCUUCUUCCUCUUCUGGACGUGGAUUGCUAUCCCAUCCGGCAGGCCAUCGUGGAAAGCAUGGGGCAUCUGCUGUCAGCUGAAGGCCGCAAGCUGCCCAGAGGGGCUCACAGCGUCCAGCCGACCACGGAGGACGCAGAGGAGGCGGCCGAGGAAAUUGUGCAGAGUAGCAGUGGCACCUUCUCCCUCGCGACUGCGACAAAGACAGACUUGCUGGAGACGCUCUUCACACGCUCGCUGGACAAGAGCGUCUGGGUCCGGUACCGCGUGCUGCAGACCUUGACGGGCUUGGCCUCCAAUUCGCGCUUGCCCAGGGAGCAGUGGCCACGAGUUCUUGAUCUCGCCAUUCGUCGAAUGCAGGACACGGCGAGCAUGUCCAGGAAGGCAGCCAUGCAGCUCGUGCGCACCCUGGUCGAGUUUCAUCCCUAUGGCCCUGCCUUGAAGGGUACGGGCGACGAACGGGCGAAAGCGGAGAAGCUCCUGACGGAAAUCCACGAGCGCCUCAAGAAGCUCAAGGCCGAAGAGCUGGCGGAGCUGGAGGGCAAAGAGGAAGAGAAGGAAGAGGAAGAGGAUGCCGACGGCAACGACGAGCCGCAAGAGCAGCCGGAGAAGCGGCGUCGUGUCAAGGGCAAGACCGAGACCGAGGUUAGCAUUGCACGGGAAGUGGACAAAGACCUGUCAGCAGAGAUCAGCUCCGACGAUGCACGAAAGGAGUCUCGCCAGAAGCAGCGGGAGGCCCUCCUCCGCAUGCAGGAGUGCUAUGCACAGAGGGUCCAGUUCGUAGAGCUACUCGACUCGGCAGAGACGCGGCUGCGGAGCCUGUUGUCCUCGAAGACUCCGACGGAUGUCACCGAGGCCAUCGGUGUUGUUGUCGAGCUCCGCCUGCGUGGCGUUCCUGCUGCAGCCCGAGCCUUUCAUCAGGUGCUGGGCCUCGUGUGGAGCCGGCAUGCUCCCAUCAAGGAUGCGGCCGUCGACGCCUUCUAUCGCAUGCAUCUCGAAGGCCGAGACGCGGCCUCUGCCGCCAUGGCGAUUCUGCACAUCUACAGGGAUGGCCACGCAGCAGGCAGCCUCACGCACACACACCUCGCCAGUGUGCAGGAGCUCAUACAACAGGCCGCCGACAAGGAGCUCGUGUCUGCCCGGGAUGUGAUGCCCACGCUCCUGGCAUCGCUCACGGAGCCCUCGAUGUCGGCCUUCGCCCUGCGAGCCAUCACAGCCCUUGUGCCUUCAACGGCAGGGCACGCCUCGGUGUCCGCCGCGCUCCCGAAGCUGAAGGAGUUCAUCACGCAGCACAAGGCAGGCUCCGCGGAGGAUCGUCUGGAAAGCCUCCGGUUGGUGUGCCAGCUCCUCAUGCGCUUCCAAUCCUCCAGCAAGACUGCCCUGCAGCAGCCAGUCUGCGCCACCUUGCACGACAUCUCGCAGCAGGCCCUGCUCAUCGUGGUCCAGCACUUCGUCAGUGGCGAAAUACCGGCACAUUGGUUUGGCGCUGCUCAGGCCAGCAUGGAUCUGUCUUUUGAGCUGGCGGCCCUGGGCAAGUCCGCAGUCGACGCUGCUCAUCGCUCCCCUGACAAGGUCUGGGAGAACAUCCUGAACCGGAUGCUUUGUGGCCUUCUGGGAGGCUCGCAAAGCUCCGCCUCGGAGGCGGAGGGCGCCGAGGGGAAGCCUGAGGAGCUGGUGCGCCAGGUGUCCGUUCCACAGCUGGGCUGCGUGGCUUUCAUUGCUGGCCAUCUGGCAUUGAGGAUGCUCAUCUUCCUUGAAGGGCUGCAGUCUGCGCUGAAGAGGAAGCGCCUGGCACAGGAGGAGGCGAAGAUGGCCGAGCAGAGAGAGAAGAGCAAGGAGAAGAAGGCCGUGGGCAAGAAGGGCAAGGCCCAGAAGGCGGAUGAAGAGGAGGAGGAGAAGCACACGGAGGCGAGUAUGGGCGGCGUCGGCCAGGAAGAGCGCGAAGCCGAGGCCUUUGCACAGCUUGCAGAAAAUGGACUCCUCUACAGCACCAAUCGCCUGCUGGACAGGGUGAAGCCGCUUCUUUUCGCUUGCCUGCUCAACAAGGAUCUUCGCAUGUAUCCGCUGAUACGCCGGGUUGGGGCCAUCAGCCUCUGCAAGUUCAUGACAGUAUCGAAGCGCUUCUGCCAGGAGAACUUGCAGCUGCUUUUCUCUGUGCUGUUCCCGAAGUCGGGCAAGGGUCAGCUGAGUGGGGCAGCAGCCGAGGAUGCUGUGAUGGGCCCUGGUGGUCUUCUGGAGGAUCUCACCUUACGGCAAUCCCUGUUGGUGGCCGUUGGUGACCUCCUCUUCCGGCAUCCGAACGUCGUGGAGCCUUGGACAGGACGCCUCUAUGCCACCUUGACUUCAACCGUGGACAGCAGCGAGGAGGGCGGUCAGAGUGCCUGCGAUCUUCGACUGACCGCAUUGUUGGUUCUGACGCACCUGGUUCUGAACGACAUGAUGAAGCCCCGGCCCGUGCUACUGAUUCGGGCGCUGUGGCUCACUGCAUGCAGCCAUGAAGCCACGGCUCGGGUCGCUCGAAUCCUUUUCCAGGAGCUCUCGAAACGCAGCACCAACGUCGUCUACAACCUGCUCCCUGAGAUUGUGGCGCGGCUGCCCGAGCAUGUGGCUGAGGUCGGUGUCGAGGGCGGGGCCACCGGCCGUGUGCAAUACAUCAUGCAGUUUGUGGAGAAGGAGAAGCACAUCGAGGGCCUCAUCGAGAAAUUCUCCCUGCGCCUUGAACAGUGUGCCGGUGGCUCGGGUGCCCACACCGAGCCGACGGCGACACAGGCAGAACCAGAAAUGGAAGUAGAAGAGGCGGGCCCUGUACGGGUGGAGGACACCAUCUCCUGCCUAGCACAUGCACUUGGAGCCAUGAACUACUCCGACAGAUGCAUCCUGCGUUUGCAUGAUGUCGUCGUGGUGAGGAAGGCCCUGAAUCUCAGCUUGUCCUACCACGCUGUGGUUAGAGAUUGCAUCCUAAGUGUUGUGGAGAAGGCGCGCAAGCCUCGACAAGGCAAGGAGAAGGGUGAGGCCGCACCCGCCGAGCCGGAUGCAGCAGCUGCCGAGGGAGGUGGCGGUGGUGCCAAGGGAGCAAGCGCUGCGGCGGCAUCUGCGUUAGAUGCACUGGAGCAGCUGAUCAACACGCUUGCUCACGGAAAAGACGAGUCGAAAGAAGAGGCUCCCGCCGUCGCUGUCCGAAAGCCUGGCAACCUGCCUGGCAAGAAGAAGCAGGCGGACGCCAACGCUGAGCCGGGUUUUGAGGAGCCUGCAAAAAAGGAGCGAAGCGGUAAAGGCCGUGGCAAGGGCCGUGGAAAGGCUCGCGUCGCCGGCAAGGAAAAUCUUCCGGGCAAUGGCGUGCCGAACAAAGGAGGCCGAAAGCGGAAGGCUGAAAAAGCCAGGGCCGACGACGAUGACGAGGACUAUGAGUGA